UAAUCCUCAACUUUCUUCCACUCCUUUCAAUACCAAUCAUGAAUAGGUUUGGAUUAAACACACAACAAUCCUAUCUCCCUUUUGUUCUUCUUGUAACCAUAGUACUAUUUUCAUAUUCAGUUCAAUCCAUCAGAUUUGAAUUAUCACAUGGUAAAGACGCAAGAUGUUUCUCGGAAGAUUUAAUUAAGAAUUCAAUGGUAGUUGGACACUACUCAAUCGUGAAUCAAAACAAUGAUCAACCAUUGCCACCAAACCACACUAUCGGUGUUCAGGUGUCUACGCAUGGAGUUACGAAUGCAAUACUUUAUCGUGCAGAUGAGAUUCAAUUAGGGCAGUUUGCGUUUACGGCAGAUGAGACAGAACAGUACGUGAUAUGUUUCUUGGGUACAACUGAGGAUUCUAAAGGGACGCUGUCUAUUGAUUUUGAUAUAAGAAGUGGUGUCACCACAUUGGGUAGACCCAAUAUUGCAAAGAGAAGCAACAUUGAUAGAAUGGUAUAUGAGGUACAAAUGUUACAUGAAACUGCAUUAUCUAUUAAAGAUGAGAUGUCUUAUCUUCUCCAACGAAAUACAGAAAUGUUGGAGCUCAACUGGAUAACUGAUAAUAGAAUGUUCUUGUGGAUUUUCGUUUCAUAUUUUGUCACCUUCUCAGUAACAGGGUUACAACUAUGGCACUUGAGGGCUUUUCUUCGGAAAAAGAAAAUUAUAUAACUCUUUUGAUUAUUCAUAAAUUAUACUGUACAUCUUAAUUGUCUUAUGUGCUCAAUAAAAUAUACUUGUCUCAAUGUAUUAGACAAGCAUAAAUGAAGUAUUUUGUAUUAGUAUGAGAAAUAAUAUGUUGGGUAUUGGUACGUAAUACCUAGCUCAUUUUCCAUAA